ACAACUGCAACCCGAAACAAAUAACAAACUAAAUUCCUACGUCGUGUGUUGUUCCCUGAUUAUUAUUCAUUUUACGGUUUUUACCCAAGGUCUUCGAUCAUCAAUGAUCUACUCCAUUUAGAUGUUCCUUACUUUUGAGAAUUUGUACUGGAACUGAGUAAAGUCUUCGAUCACCUUUGAUGUACUCCAUUGAGAUUUUCCCUACUUUUGAGAAUUUGUACUGGAACUGAGUAAAUUCUUGAAACAGCAUCGACGAAAUGGUACGCACGAUUUUGAACCAACUGCUCUACUCAACGGCGGUGCUCACGGCGAUCACGGCGACUCCCCUGGUCAAGGUGGAGUGGCAACUGGGCCACGAGGAGGAUGCCAGGGCGACCUUCCACUACAGAGAACUACUGUACAACGCUCUCGUGGCCCUGGGGCUGACCGUCCUGGCGAUGUCGCCCUAUCUGGCGAUCCGCACGCGCUGGCGCUCGCCAUACGCGAAGAUGAUCUACUGGGGGGCACUGCUGCCCUGGUGCUAUGUUUGCUGCACCAAGUUCGCCCUGGGCUACAAGACCCAGCUCAGGGCUAUCUCUUACGUGCAUGAUGAGGACCACUGGCACAACUUGGUCUUCGCCCUCGUCUGCUACUGUGUCAUCUUUGGCAUGGCCAUGGAACAGAUGCUAAACUGGGCCCUUCUAUACCACUUGGUGACCUUGAUACUGAAGGACUGGCGCACUCACUUCAUCAUUUUCCUAUGAGUUAUCAUGUUUUGUUUGAAUAACGUUUGUUGGUCAUGCUAAAUAUAACUGCAAUCUGCAAAAAAAAA